ACGAUUACACGAUUUCGACUGAUUUCGACGGUUCUCAUAAAUUCUCAUUGUUUCUCGUUGAACUUGAAAGGUGAUUCUUUUGCAGUUUAUCAGUCUUAUUUCUGAUUAAUUGAAAUGACAUCAGCUUUGGAAUCUAUGGUAGUCGACGAGAAACAGCUUCCUGAGAAGCCGGUAGAUAGAGAAAAGACGUGUCCGCUUCUACUGCGAGUAUUCUGCAAUAACGGACGUCAUCAUAAUAUAAUGGAAUACAGCAGAGGGAACGUGCCUUCAAAUGAGCUACAGAUAUAUACAUGGAUGGAUGCCACUUUGCGAGAAAUUACAGGCUUGGUUAAAGAAGUAAAUCCGGAUGCUCGCAGUAAGGGAACAUACUUUGAUUUUUCACUAGUGACUCCUGAGUUACGCAACUCUGGUUAUCGUAUGCGUGAGAUUGGUGUUACAUGUUCUGGACAGAAAGGCGCAGAUGACAACAAAACGCUAGCUCAAGCAAGAUUCACAAUAGGAGAUUAUCUUGAUAUAUCAAUAACGCCACCAAAUAGGAUGAUGCAACCAGCAGUUAGACGUGGUGGUUUACGUCAAUAUUAAUAUAAUAAUUUUAGCGUUUAAGUUUCAAUAAGAACAUUUCUCUUAUAAAUAAAAUAUAAAACACGUAUCAUUACAGAUUUCCUAAACUUUUGUAUUUAUA